CGAAAAGAAGAAGAUCCGUGAUACAUUCGUUUCCGUUCCCGCCAUUGCAAAGGGAAAAUGGCAUCGAGAACGAGAACCCUAACGGACAUUUUCCAACCCGUUUCGAAGCGCUCGAAGCCCACUCUCGCCGCGUCCUGCAACUCCGACGGCGCCAAUGCCACCGCUCUCUCCGUCGACCAAAAGUCGCGCGUCGAAUACCAAAAGUUCCUCGCCAAGUCAAAGAGGAAUCUCAAACUCUGCGUCGAGAGGCUCCAGAAAAGCAAAGGUUCAGGUUCAGGUGGCGUGAAGCUCGAGGAGCUUCUGGUGGAGGAAACGUGGCUCGAGGCUCUCCCUGCCGAACUUCAAAAACCCUAUGCCCUCACUCUCUCCAAGUUCGUCGAAAGCGAGAUUUCCACCGGCGACGACGUCGUUUACCCUCCCACGCACUUGAUUUUCAAUGCUCUUAACUCUACCCCUUUUCAUAGAGUCAAAGCUGUUAUCCUUGGCCAGGACCCUUAUCAUGGGCCUGGUCAAGCAAUGGGGCUUUCAUUCUCAGUCCCUGAAGGGGUCAAAAUACCUUCCAGUUUGGUAAAUAUUUUCAAGGAGCUUCACCAAGACCUCGGCUGCUCCAUUCCACUUCAUGGAAAUCUUCAAAAGUGGGCAGUGCAGGGUGUUCUCUUACUCAAUGCUGUUCUCACAGUCAGGAAGCAUCAAGCAAAUUCUCAUGCCAAAAAAGGCUGGGAACAAUUUACUGAUGCUGUUAUCAAGACAAUCUCACAGAAGAAGGAAGGAGUUGUGUUUCUGUUGUGGGGAAACUCUGCUCGGGAGAAAUCCAGGUUAAUUGAUGCAACAAAGCAUCAUGUUCUUAAAGCUGCACAUCCUUCUGGUUUGUCUGCAAAUAGAGGCUUCUUUGGCUGCAGGCAUUCUUGAUCAUGUGUUAAGUUUAUUUCAAGAAUAAGGACACGUGUUGGCUAACUGCUAUUGUGAAUAACUGCUGGAAUUAGAAGAUAUGCAACAGAGUGCUUUCUGUGAACGUGUUAAAGUAUUUUUUUUUUGUACAGACGAUGCAGUUUAUAACAUGACAUUUAUUAAAAGUUUUUUUUUUGGUUACAAAAUAGUUCCAUUUGGAGUCUAGAACGUUCAAAAAUGGAGGGCUGUAACUGUUAUUGAAUAUUUAGGUUGUACUUGGUUGAGUAGGUGGAACUUGGAAUGCCGAAAAGUGAAAAUAUAUUUGAACACCAUAAAAGUCUAGAAUACAUUUGCAUUUCUUUUUAUGAAGAAUUGCACUUCUCACAUACUCAACCAAGCUCACUUAGUAUUGCAAAAUCAAUGCAGGAUUUAAAUUGUAUGUAUGCUUUUUUUUAUUUUAUGUAGUAGUCACUGGGAUUUUCAAUCCACCACUACGAAGGCUGUCAUUAUUAGUCGUUCAUAUAGUGUUUGAUGUAAUACCACAGGUUCAUGUUCUGUUCCUCUGGUAUAUUGAACCAUUUUUGGUUAGCUUUGUUAUAGACUCAUGAAGUGAAACCGAAACUCAGAUCUUACUUAAUAUCCAAUUGAUAUUUGAAAAAACCACCCGAUCAAUUUAAUUUACCCCUCGUCAACAUAAGCAAUUUUUGGUUCCUGCUUUUCAUCUCGUUUAAUUAAAUUUAUC